CAUUAACAGAUUUUGCUCUUUCUACAAUAUUUCCAUAUAUCGUUCAAGCCAUUAGAAUCUCGAUUAAAUAAAGAAAGAUGAUUUUUAUUUAAUUCGCAGUAGAUAUAAAAUUAUCUUUUUUAUAAUUUAAAUCUUUUUACAUUACGCCCCGUUUCAUGAUGUUUCGUAAUAAACACACACAGCGAUGAGAUCAAUUUUCCGACAAUAAUCUAGAGAAGUGACAACUUAUCCGCGUAUAAUAGGACAUAGAUACUAUAGCAAACAUUCACCGUCAUUUCACCGUAAUUCGGAGCUUAGCGCUCCGUAGGAAAUAUAUUCAAGAGAAAUUUAAAGCAAGAAUGGCGUAAGUCAAAAAUAUGAAUGACUUAUAAGGUACUCGGAUCUUUUUGCACGUAUUGAAAUAUUUCACGAACACGUUGAAAUAUCGGACUGUCUUCUAAUUUAAAUUAAUCGUUUUAAUACAAAUUACAUAACAAUAUAAACGAGUACACCACAAGAUCGCUCACUUAGGCCAUUUUUGUUUUCGAUUCUUCAUCUGUACUUCACGCGCUAUAACUAACUGAGGGAUAUCGAUGAAACGGGAUGUACAACUCACAAUCAGUAUUACAUUACGACUUCCUUCAGCGUAUUUUAAAGAAGCAAGCUUAAAAAACACCGCGACAGCGGCUAGGCAUUUAGAGGACUGCGAGAAGCUAGAGAUAACUAGAGAUACUCGAGUCAGAGUUUGAUCAAUAAUGACCUGAUCUAUUACACAUAAUUACUAAACAAUAAAGCACAAUUUCUUUGCUUGAAUUUACAAUCAAUGUACAAUCAGAUCUUGUGAUUAUAUACUUAUCUCUUCGUAAUUUUACGAGAGAUAGUUAGGCGUUACAUCGAUCUUAUUGAGAUCGAUCGAAAGACUGCGAAAGAGGGCGAAUCGAACUGAUUCGAUCAAGCUCUGACUCAACCAUCUGUAGAAAUAGCGAUUACGGCCGUGCUUGUGGCCAAACUUUUUGGAACACUAUUGGGCGCGUUACCCGUCGAUACGACGUGGUUUUUAACUGGAUUUAAAACUCUUGAUGCCGAUACUAUCACCAAACAACCAAGCGCUUGGGAUUAUCUCUUAUCUGUGUAUUGACACACCUCCUCGUUAAAAAAUCAUAAUCCUCUUUCUCUCUCUUUCUCUUUGCUGUCGGCACUCGUACUAAAUACCAGCAACUUUAAACAGCCAUAUUGGCUGCAGCGUAAGAGUAUAUUUAGUAUGACUACCUGAGCUGGCGGUACUUUGGAAUAUUAAAAGGAUUAUGAUACGAACGUUAUGAUAAGAACGUUUACGUUAGAGUGAACGCUAACGAUGCUUUCCGAGGCUUUAGAGUACUAAUCUAAUCUUGAUCAUUAGGAUAAUCAGAGGGAACGUAUCAUCGUCUCCAGUUAGACGACUAAUCUAACUAAAAAAGUUUUUGAUAGCUUCACAGAUCGAAUCUUACGAACGUAAGUCUUGUAGCUGACGUUACAAACUAGGGGUACUCAAUCGCGCGAUCGAAUUCAGUUACAAUUAAAUAUAAAGAUUAAAAAGCGGCAAAUUACUAAUUAAAUGAUAAAUUUAUUGUCAUAGUUAGAGGAAAGUGGAAACGUUAGGGAACAAACAUUGACUAUGUAGUGCUUUAUAGAAGUAAAGAAUAUAUUUAUGAUUAAUGAAUUUUUAUGCAUAUAUUUCAGAUUGUGCGACUAUUUGCUAAAAUCGAGAUUAUUCCAAUCGCGUGCAAAUUCUUACAUGCUUUCAAACUUGCAAUAAAUAUACUACUUUUUAAUUUUUAUUGUACUUGUAAGACGUAUAAGGCAUCGGUCGUCUAAGCGAAGUUUGAAAGCUUAGUAAUGAUAUUUUAAUUGAGAAGUGCCUUUUCAUAUAUCCGCAAAUUAGAAAAUAUCUCAGGCAGAUCUUAGUCUGCUAGGCGACAUGCUUUUUCUCGGAAAGCAAAAUCGCAAUCACUGACAACUAAUAUAGAAAAGAAGUCGUCUUUUUUAACGAUCUCACUUUUUAAUGAAGUUAUCUUUAGUCGUUUCAGCGUUCACUCUAGCAUGUCGAAAAAAGCUCGAAAAAAAAUUGAUCAUAUUGCAAAUUUAUACAGAUUUGCUGUUUCUAGCUGCACCUUCAAUAUCAAAUUUCAUAUAAAAUUGAUUGUGAAGUUUGUAGGGGAAGGGAGAGGACAUAUGGAAAAGAUCGUGAUGUGAAAAAAGAAAAAUUACAUUGGUCAUGAUGAAAAAGAAUUAUAUUGGAGAACUUCACGUCAGUAUAUAUUUGCCAAUGGAGAACUUUACGCCAAUACAUUGGAAAACUUCACGUCGAUACAUUCAUUAUACAUACAUAAGAUUCCACUUUCAUCUUUUGCAAGAUAUAUUACGAUUUCAUUGCCACUAGCGUUCCCAGCAGCGGCUAGCUACGCUUCUUGGAAACGCAACGAUAAUUUAUUUAUAUUUAGCCCGAGGAAAAGUAAGAAGGUGCACGACUAGGAAGAGCAAGUCUGGUAUAAAUUAGCAGAAAAACAAAAGUCGACGGAGCGUGGCACAGAAAAUGGAGGAUCCCGUUAAGCCUUUACGGUAGCUCGCACGCGAGCCAUGAUACUCUUCGCGGUUUUGGUCCUAAUACCGUAUCUCCACCCGAUUUCCCUGGUGACCGGUGUCGAAACAACCACGACGCCAUUGGAGUCUACGGUUGAUAAGCCGGCGGUGCGCAUCGUCGGCGGGGAGAUCACCAACAUCAAGAAUUAUCCAUUUAGCGUCUCGGUGCAGCGCCGACCCUAUAGCCACUCGUGCGGAGGCACUUACGUCGCCUGUAGGUUCGUUAUGUCGGCCGCCCAUUGCAUGGUCAGACGGUUGCUCGACGGCACGUGGGCAGCGGAGAAUCCACGCCAUUUCUAUGUGAUAGCCGGCUCGACCUACGUGUAUUUACCAAGUUGGGGUUCCAUACAGAUGGAAUUGGUAGACAAGACAUUCCCGCACGCAGAGUUUCGAUUCUCGGACAUGCGAAACGAUAUUGGAUUGUUCAGGCUGAAGAGACCUCUUUACAGAAACGCGUACGUCCAAUACGUUACGCUUCCGCCGGUGUAUAUCACGGAUAUAUUCCAGAAAUACACGGAGGAGUGUGUCGCGAUUGGAUGGGGUCGACACAUACCCGACUCAAACCGAGAAAGCGGUACAUAUUUGCGACACGUUCAACUUCCAUUAAUCUCACAUGACAAAUGUCCUAUGCCGAAUGUGCACGAAAAAAGGCAAUUAUGUGCGGGUGUAUUGGAAGGUGGUCGCGACGCCUGUCAGGGUGACAGCGGUGGACCAUUGUUAUGCAAUGGAACGCAAGUCGGUAUUGUCUCUUGGGGUGCAGGAUGUGCUCGUCCGAAUACAGCGGGUGUUUAUUCUCGUGUGGAUUUUUAUUUACAAUGGUUAAACGAAACUAUUACUCAAAAUGGAGCCGCAAAAUACUCUUUCCAAAAUAUUGUAAUUGUUUUUGCAGCUUACUGUCUGCAUACUUUAUUGAUAUAAUGUAUUGAUUAUCGUAUGUGUAUAAAACA